UCUGCUCCAUCCCUCCCUGUGGGCUGAACUGCUGCCAUGGAGGCUGCCCGGCUUGAUCCUUGGGCUGCCUCAGCUUGGCCCUGACACAGAGCUGUUGGAGGGCCGUCAGCCUUUCCAUGCUGGUGGCUGGGGACGGCUGGGAAGAGGGGACUUUGUUCCAGCAGAAGGGGAUCCAUGGGGCUCAGCCUCAGGGGGAUGUGCCCGGCAGAAUUUGCACCGGCCGUGGUGUAACAAAAUGUCCCAGUGCAUCCCGGGACAUCUCUAACACAGCCAUGUCUGUUCUGGAGAUGGGCUGUGACCAGUCUUUGCACAGGGGCCUUAAAGCCACUGUGCUGGGCGCUAUUGCUGAGCUUUGCCUCCUGCACCGAGAGAUGUCCUGCUGCAGACCCUGUCCCCCACGGCCCUGCGGCCCCUGUGGCCCAACCCCCCUUGCAAGCAGCUGCAGUGAGCCCUGCCUCGCCCGCUGCGCUGACUCCACGGUGUACAUCGAGCCUUCGCCGGUGGUGGUGACCUUGCCGGGCCCCAUCCUCACCUCUUUCCCUCAGAGCACAGCCGUGGGAUCCUCUCUGUCAGCUGCUGUGGGCAGCUCCCUCAGCACCUCGGGAGUUCCCAUCUCUUCUGGGGGCUCCCUUGGCCUGGGGGGCUCAGGCCUGUGUCUGCCUUUCCCCCGCUGCGGUCAGAUCUGCUGAGGCCGGCGCAUCGUCCCCGCUGGCCCUGGCAAAUGGGCCCUUCUCUUUCCCUCCCUGGCCCCCCACACGUGUUCCUUGGUCUCUGUUCUGUGCCGCUGCUUUUGCUCCUUCUCAUUAAAGCCUUUGUGCAGCAUU